ACGGACUGCUCUGCAGAGGCAUCAUUUUGCACGCGCUAGCAUUCUGUCUCACUCUCAGCCCUGCAGCUAAGUCAAUUCCAUACUCUUACGCCAGCCGUCUUCCGUAAGCCGACUAUCUGCACACACUGAAUGCUGAGCGAUGAUAUUGAGCCUCGUAGCGAGUGUCUGUAAUGCAAGCACACCACUCUCGAUCACGCAAUCCACUCUGUCCAGCUCUCCUGGUUUAAAUUCUGUCGAUAACGUCUAGAGACACAUACUUGAUCACAGAUGGCAACUCUGCAAGACGUUAUCUUUCGCAUCCAACGCGCUGUCUUCCACUUGCGGGAUUCCGGCUCUGCGCUGCAGCGACGAUCUUCAACACAGGAUGCAGGACACACCAUGCUCUGAACUGCCGCCUCCUGAACCUUUUCACAAUUCCUCAACACAUUUUUUCUUCUUCUAUUUCCGCGCGGCUCUAUGCGUUUUCCGGUGUCUAGACACGCGCCUGGAGGAACUCAGUGCUUCGCUUCUUGCUGAGCGCCUCAAGCCUCUUUUUCCCAAACAGUCAGGAGCAGACCGACCUGGACUCUUGGUCAUGGCUUGCUGCCCCCAUCGGGGGUCGGCGAGGGCGAAACAAGUAUCGAACGGUGGUAAGAACGCAUGUUCGCUUGUCCAUCUAACUGUUCAUGGCUUGCGCAAUCUGUGCAGAGGAGCAUUUUCCUCCAGUUCGAGUACUCUGCCUCCCAGCAAGCGAGAUAAGACGCUCGGUUCAGGUGACUGCGUUCCUGCUAGAGCAUACGUCCUGCAAGUGGCUCAAGGCUUCAUGGAGGCCAUGUCCAGACGGACGAAUGAUCGAGCCGCCCCCAGCUGCAAGUCACUUGCCCCCACGGUGCUUUUUCCAAGGUUCCUGCUAUCUGCAGGAACGGUUUGGUCUUAUCGCGAGAUCCUCGCGGUUAACGAGGUCCUUUGAUAUUCAACUUCUAUAGUCCGCCUCCUUUACCAUGUCGCGCGAUUCAUGAUAAUGCAAUCACGGGUGCAAUCACAGCAGCGCGA